CCGUAAUUCUAUCCUUUUUCAGGAUUAGGUUCAAUCAUCGCGCAUUGCACGUAACAUCCGCGUACAUCCGCGUAUAGAGUCCCUCAAUUUAGUGGCCGCUUGUGAGAACCGGCAAGAUUAUCCCAAGUUUGUCUCAUCUAUAUAUUGCAUUUGCUUCUAGCAGUGUGCUGAAGCACGUUUACAAGUUCGAUGAUACUUAUUCCGCAUUAGUAAUUCUGUCACGAUGCCAGCUCCGGGUGACCAGCACAACGGCAUCAUUAAUCCCUUCGAGGAGGCCAAACCUCGAAUAUCCGAAUACACUGCUGCAGAAAUCGCGACGCUACAAUCAAGGUUGGAGAAGCAGCUUGGUCCCGAAUACCUUUCCGCGCGCAGUGGCCCGUCUGGCCAGAAGGUUCACUAUAUCGCCGCCGAGAAAUGCAUCGCUCUCGCCAAUGAGGUCUUCGGCUUCAAUGGAUGGUCGUCUAGCAUUCAGAAUAUCCAGGUUGAUUUCGUCGACGAGAAUCCGCAAACAUUCAAGAUAUCUCUUGGCCUAUCUGUUAUCGUUCGAGUAACACUACGGGAUGGUACCUACCACGAGGAUAUCGGGUAUGGGCACAUAGAGAACUGCAAGGGAAAGGCGGCGGCCUUUGAGAAGGCAAAGAAAGAGGGGACUACGGAUGCCUUGAAACGUGCGUUACGGAACUUUGGCAAUGUUCUUGGCAAUUGUAUCUACGAUAAGGAGUAUCUAGCCAAGGUCACAAAGAUAAAGGUUGGCCCGGUCAAGUUUGACGAGGAAAACCUGCAUCGUCAUUCCGAUUUUGCCAAGAAGGAGUCGAGUGUUGUGAAGGUGGAGCCGAAGAAUACCGCGGACAAGAACGUUGAGAUGACUGCGCAUGUUUCAAACUUACUGGACGACGACUUCGGGGAUUUUGAUUUCGCCGAAUUUGGCGUUACAGGCGAGGGCCACCCCGAUGAGGUAGUGCUACCUGGUUCUCAUGCAAUGAGUUCAAAUGAGAAGUCCCAAACUCUACCCACUGGUAAUAGCGGUGAUCGCAAUACACCAUCUGCAAAUAAUGCAUCAAGGCCCAUGCAGCCGCCCCCGAAGCCGGCUGCUCAACCCCCUAGACAGCCCCAAACCCCUAACCAACCACCGCAACGGCCGGGAGCCACUUUCCAAGGCCGUCCCAAUCCACAACAAUACCCCAGACCCGCUCCCCAUAUUAACAACCAAGUUCAACAAGCAACAGCUAGCAAUAGAACAAGUACGCCUCCGCCGAACAGUGCGGCGCCGGCAGAAAUCUCAUUCUUCUCAGCUCGGUCGAUCAAGAAGCUACCGGAAGACGCACCUCUAGAUACUACUAUCAUCGCGGCACAGGGCGUAAAGCCAUUCGAUCCUCGCCUGGAUAGUCCCUCGAUUCGGAAGACGCCGGGCAUCGACCACAGCUCGUCCAAGCCAGUGUCCAGGACGGGCCAGCAUGUCGCCCCCCUUAAAAGAGAGCAAGAGCAACAGCGUGGUCCGGGAGGUGCUCCGGCCGGUGGCGGUUUUACGAGUGGGGGUGCAUCUGGCCCUGGCAGGCCGAGUAUGGGGAGCGUUGGGAAUCCCGCGCUAAAUCACGCGAGACAGAUCGGUGCUCCGGGAAAUUCAGGCAGUCCGUUAGGGAAUAGAGGUCAAUAUCGACCGUUAACGGUGAAACGGCCGGCUCCUUCCGGGCCCGAACCUGGUAACAGGGCGCCGCUGACGGAAGUUACCUCAAACGGCUCCGUCCAGGGCGGAGGAGGUGAAGGAGUUGAUCCCAAGAGACAAAAGACUUCCUAAUUAGGCAGUAUUUGGGUGAUGUCUCGCUUGUUUGUUCGGUCGUCGUGGGUUACGAUAAAGGCAAGGCAAUUGUGUUCUUUAUAGGUGGCAAUGUUCGGCGUUUGGAGUAUAUCUACUGGCUCUGGCUGAAGAGCCGCAUUACUAAAUUCGUUAGUGCUAGUGUUGCAUUCAGUUUCAUGAGCUUAGACCUGUGCAUUUGACCAGCAUCUAAUCGGUGUGGUUAGGUAAAGUAGCCUCAACUGUGUACCUCUUAAAUUUGGUGAAAACACGACCUUGAUUGGCUGAAAACGAAGCUUACAGUGGUAUAAAUAGUUGGAACGUGAGAUGAAUAGUAUAACGAAGGAGUUGAUGACGUAAUCAAUU